AUGAAAAAUCCCUUCCAUCUAACGCCCAGCGAAGCCGGCAAAAAGAUGGGCGUUGAAAAGAUGAUCGACUUCAAGGAUGUGAAGACGGAGCCGACGGUGUGCACGGCAUGUCACGACCCCAUCAGCGACCGGUACCUGCUGCAGGUGAGCCAGGCCAGCUGGCACGUCAGCUGCCUGCGCUGCUCCGUCUGCCUGGCCUCGCUCGAGCAGCAUCAGUCCUGCUUCAUCAAGGGCGACGACGUCUUCUGCCGCGACGACUACAUCAAGUCCUUCAGCGUGUCCUGCUCCAAGUGCACGCGCUGCAUCACCGCCUCUGACUGGGUGCGCCGCGCGCGCAACAACGUCUACCACUUGGCCUGCUUCGCGUGUGACGCGUGCAAGCGUCAGCUCAGCACCGGCGAGGAGUUCGGCCUGCACGACAACCGGGUGCUCUGCAAAGCGCACUACCAGGAGAUGCUGGACGGAGGCUGCACCAGCAAUGAUGAGAGCGAGGACGGCAAGACGGGGGCGCGGCACAAAUCGAAGCGGGUGCGGACCACCUUCACGGACGAGCAGCUGCAGAUCCUGCAGGCCAACUUCGAGCUCGACUCGAACCCGGACGGUCACGACCUGGAGCGGAUCGCGCAGGUCACCGGCCUCACCAAGCGCGUCAUCCAGGUCUGGUUCCAGAACUCGCGAGCCAGGCAGAAGCGAUACCAGAACGGCAUGAAGAUCAAAGACGCCGAUCUGGUGUGGUCGCCAGGUAGCUACGUCAGCCACCAGGGCCUGCCGGCCAGCCAGCGGCUCACACCGCCCAAGCUCGACUACCACCUCUCGUUCGCCGUGGCGCCCAGCUCAGACGUGGAGAGCUCCAACCCGGGUCUGCUGGAGCCCCUGAUGCACCUCGACCCGGAGGAGAAGAUCUAAGCAUCGGCCGAUGCGGUAGAUCCGGUGGAACAAGCUUUACUUCCCCGAGACAUUCCCAUACUCUGCGCUGCAUCAGUGUUCUCUCGGUGGCACCGGCUGGUAACGGCGAACCCCUGGUGGCCUGGCCUGGCCCGGAGUCCCACAUAGGCAUGCCGGCUGAAAUAUGGCAGCUCUCAUGGCCGGUGCUCUGUUCCGCUUUUGUGGAAAUGUCAGAAGUCCUGUGCAAGAAACCCCUGACGUAAGGGUCAAAUGUGAAGAAUGCAACAGCGUCGUCGCUCGUGAAAAU